AUGGCCCCAAAUACCGAACGAAUACAGGCACUGUUGAACAAAUGCAAGCAUCCGGACACCGACGUCAAGAGCGACGCGAUCGGGAAACUGCAGCUCGAGUUCGAAGAGGCCUCUGAAAUCCCAGAUGUAGAUGCGAUAAUAGCGACCUUAAAGCCCUUUCUGCGUUCUGCAAACCCGCAUCUCUCAGUCUCAGCCCUCUUCGCACUAGCCCCGCUCAUCCGUCUCCUGCAUUCCGAGCACUCGGUUCGCCAUGCCCUUGUCGCAUUUAUGGCUCCUGGUGGAGGAGGGCUGCUAGAGCGUAUGGGAGACGCGCGGGAGCGCACACGAGAAGGAGCAAGACAAGCUGUCGAGGCGCUGUGUGAGCGGUGUCUUGCCUUCGGCCUAGGAGGGAUGAAAGGAAAGGGCGGGGGAGGGUCGCGCGGUGAUCCGGAGAACGUUGGAGCGCUGUUUGAGAAGUACCUCAAGGAGGGAGGGUUUGGGAGCAAGGUGGCUCGGACAAGGGAACAGUGCCUUCUGCUGCUCGUCGCUGUUCGAAAAGUUCAGAGGAGCCUCCCUCUUCGGCCAUACCUCUCCCCGCUUAUCGACACACUGCAAGACUCGGACGGCGCCGUCCGCUCCUGUGCACAGCAGAGCAUGCUUCUCCUCUUCGGCCCCGGGUCAGGCGUGUCUGACACCGCGCGCACAGAGCUGAAGAAAGAAGCCGGGAAAAAGCAAGUGCGCAAGCAAAUCUGGGACCCGCUAUGGGAACGCGUGUGCGACGUCGAGCCCGUUACGGACGAGUAUCUCGUUCCAAUCCCGGAUGGGGACGAGGGGUUCGGGAGUUCCCAAACGAGCGAGACGGGCACGAGGACACUCAAGCGCAGCCAGAGCCAGGGCGCGCUAGCGGCUGCUGCUGCUCUUGCGGCGGCGAGCAGUUCCAGACCGGCAAGCAGGAUAGGAGACAUGCCCAGCGAUGCGGACGUCACUGCCGUGCACCUCGCUUCGGCUCGGGACGUGGAAAAUGAGUUCAACGCGAUGCUGCCUGCCUUUCAGGGCAAGGAGUCGGAGCAUAAUUGGAUGCAGCGCGAGGCGGCGAUCAUGCGCGUACGAGGGAUGUUGAAGGGCGACGUCUGGCGGAGAUUGCCGGAGGCGUUCUUAGCUGGACUUGGACGAGGGUUUAUGGAGGGGAGCCUGAAAGCUGUCACUUCGUUGAGGACUACUCUGUCACAGGUAACGAUUUCCCUGUAUGUGUCCCUCGCUACUACCCUCCGUCAGUCGUUCGACCCGUUCGUGGACACGGUCUUCCUCCCGCUCCUGCGCAUGUCCAGCCUCACAAAGAAGAUCAUCGCCCAACAAUCCCAAGCCACCUUGACGACCAUAAUCGAGAACACGUCCGCGCACGCACGGCUCGUCCUCCCAAACCUCUUCGACGCAGUCACGGAGAAGAACGUGCAGACACGACAGGCCGGGCUCAUGCACCUCCGGACUUGGCUCACUGUACACGGCCGCGCCCCGAUAGAGCACUACACGGGUAGUCUGGACAGUCUGGACAAAGCCGUCCGCCGAGGUGUGGGGGAUGCGAAUCCCAUAGCGAGGGAGGAGGGACGUAAGCUGUUCUGGGCAUUCGAAGCGCUCUGGCCGGAUAGGGCAAGACCUAUCAUGGAUAGCUUGGAUGCUGCCAGUCGGCGAGGCUUAGAAAGAGCAGAUCCGAGGAACGCACCCGUCCCUGCACACCUCCCUGCCGCAGUCGCAGCAGUAGCGGCGAGCGCUGUACCCGUCCCCCCCGUGCCUGCGCUCUCGCCCGGGACGAGAACAGUGCCGAAUACACCUGCUACCGCGCCCAAGCGAGCCACUGUUCGGGAGAUGAUCCAGAUGCAUCGCGAACAGCUGAAGAAGCAGGAGGUGGCCAAGCUGGGCGUCGCUCCUGGUUCGACGCCGACCAUGCAGCGCGCGGUGAGCAGUCCGCCAAGCAUGCCGCAAGCUUCAACCUCCAGCUCCAUGCCUAGGUCUAUCUCGUCCACUCUUGCUCGUCAAGCGUCUCCGCCCCCGGCGCCUGCGUCUGCAACCUCUACUGGAUCUUCGGUAGGAUCUCCUCGCAGUGCCCGGUCUGGCGCUCGGUCUCCAGUCCGGAUUGCCCUCACACCAACCAAACCGACGCAUAUACCCGCUCCGUCCCACGCCCGCAGUCCCUCAGUGCCCGACUCGCCAACACCGACUAAGUCUAGGUCUGCCUCACGCGCUUCGUCUGAGCAGGCUGCGCCAGGUAGCAGCCGAGUACGCUCGCCUGUUCAAAGACUUCCUAUUACGCACGCAACGUCUACUCCUGCCCCGGGGAAGAUGACCCGAGGCUCAAGACUUGCGUCACCUCCCGUAUUCCCGGAUGAUGACGAGACGGAGAACCUCACUGUCGCUUCCUUGCGCAUGGCUGAUGAUGAUGACGAGACGCUUCUCUUAGCACAGAAUAUGGCUCUACCCGGAGAAGAUGACGAGGAUGAGACGUUCCAGCCGUUCAGCAUCUCCCCUCCCCCGCCGGUGAAGACACCUCCACCAACAAAACGCCCGAAAACACCGUCAAAGAUCCCCAUCUCGCCUUCGCGCAAGUCUCAUAACACGCGGUCAUCGUUAUCCUCCAGUGCGUCAAAUCCGUUCACUCCCCCGAUCUCUGCGAUCGCAACGAAGAAUCAUGAGCCAGUUCCCCAGUCAGUCAUCGAGGACGCUCUACGCGCUCAGGCGGAACAGGCAGAAUCUGCAGCGAACAUGUUACUCGAACUUGUGGAGCCGGAAGAUGAGCUGAAUCAUACACUACUGGCUACGUCUGCCAGGAGCGCACCGGCCAUCACUCCCCUUAAUCUUGCUCCUAAAGAACAUGCGGGCUUACCGCGCACGCCGCUCCCGAAUCGUCAGAAGUCCGCCAUCCGCCAGGCAGCAGAGUCCUUCAUGAACAGUCCGGCCCAGUCUCAUGGAACGCCCGGUAUGCUUCGUGCACUAUCGGAGAAGAGGCACGAGACUGGCCUGUGGCAAAGAAAGAUCGCGCCGCUGAAUGGGUCAAGAUUCCGAAUGGAUGCAGAAGAACAGGCUGAUAAACUAGACCUGGCUACAACUUCCCUCGCUACGGGAGAGACAACAACCGCGUCCUUGCAGGAUGUUGCUCGUAUAUGUGCUCUGAAUCCCUGCGAUUCAGGGUCGCCCAACAUCUUCAUCCGUUCGUCCGCCAACGGCUCUCCGGCGAGGUCCAUCCCUGACAUCUGGAACGGCGGCAAGGCCUUUGAUGGCUUGUUUGACGCGUUGAUGAAGUUCUUGACACCAGAAAGAAACGGAGACGUGCUCGAGUUUGGUCUUGUUCUCUUGUGGGAAAUGCUGCAAAACCAAAAACCACUCCUAGAUGGGCGGGAAAUGGAAAUGUUUAGCGCGUUGCUCAAUGUUCGAUGGUGCAACUUGCCGAAUGUGUUGCAGGCUACCAACGCCAUUCGAGACGGUAUCACGAUGCAAUUCGACCCGGUUUUCGGAGUCACACAACUCAAUGCUUGCUUGCGCACAUUUAUCCAGCAGCCUGUUCCUUCCAUCGGAAUGGAAGCGGUGCGAUCGGCUACAUACGCUUUUGGCCUCGUUGGGUUGGGCAAGUUCAUUAUGCGCUUGCCAUCAGAGAUAUUGGAGGACGAGCUCCCGCGGCUCAAAGGCUUACUACUAACGGCAUUGACGGAUAAAUCGUCGGAAGUCCGUGAAGCAGCGAGUUUAGCUGUCGUUGCGGCACAGUUGGUUCUGCAAGAUGAAAUCCACCUGUUCAUGCUUCUCGACGGACUGGACAACGGCAAGAAGAACCUGCUCAUCUACUAUUUUGAAAAGUACAAGAUCCGUAGUGCGGACGAUACCGUUACGCAGACCCAUCGCAGACAAGGCUCCGGGCAGGAAUUGAUAGAGAAAGAAAUGAAUCGCCUUGACAUGAGGGCGACACCUCCACGGUCCAACAUUCGUUCCUUCCCAGUCAUUCCUAAAUAGUUGUUUUUCCAGCGACGUGA